AUGGAACAUGCUGAUGAUGCUGGAUUCCCCGGAGGACCUAUGUUGAGACAUGUGUUGACACAGUAUAAGCACCACGUGGCUCGGCGGCUAUGGGAAGGAGAGGAUCGUGGACCGUUAAAGGUCAUUACUCAUGGAUUGAAGUUGAAGAAGUUUUCUGAAGUUCCUGUGCCACAUCCUGUAGAGCGUUGGAUUCGGGAAUCUGGGCUGCUACCUCUUUCUUCGGCCUACCUCACUAUGGUUGAUGCUGGUCUCGUCUCGGCAUUUAUUGAAAGAUGGCACAGGGAGACCAGCUCAUUUCAUUUGCCAUUUGGAGAGAUGACCAUUACUUUAGACGACGUAGCUACUCUCCUUCACAUAUCACCGAAUGGUAAAUUUUUUGAUGCACCUGUGAAUAUGAGUACUAAUAAUGCUGCUAGAGCUGCACAUGAGUACUUAGGUGCAACUUGGGAGGAAUCUCUAGCUGAAAUUAAUUUUAAUAAAUGUGCCCAAUAUAGAUUGCAGUGGCUGCGUGACUUAUAUAGUCGUCUCAUUCAAACUAAUCAGUUUGAGUGUGCGGCUAGAGCGUAUCUAUUGCACUUAGUUGGCAGCACAAUUUUCGCCGAUAAAACAUGA